AUGAACCACCAAAAAAAAAACUACCCGCAACGAACCGUACAACAGCAAAACGUCCCUGCCACACCCAUUGCGCCCCGGCGUAAAAAACCCGACAGGUCCCCUUCAGCCCCGGAACUUUCGCCCCGCCCCGCGGGACACCGAGCGAAGUCGGCCGACACCGCGGCAAACCCAAAAACACCCAGGCGCCCCCAAAACAGAAGCCGGUCUGCCGCCAAAUUCGCGGAAAGAAAACGGCGGCGCUUCCUGGAGGCCGCCGCGCCCCGCGCCGAGAUUUUGCGCAAGCCGAAGCAGAGGGAACGGACAGAACAAAGCCCA